AUGCCCGGCUCAGACACAAGCGACGAGUUCAACGAUGAUGUCUUCAUCCUUGAUAUCGAUAACAUUCAAGCCCAUGGUAUAUACUCGUCACUUCUCACUUCCUUUCACCUCCGUAUACUAAUAUCUGUUCACGGUGCCACACGCAAGAACCUGUUGAAGAUAAAAGGGUUCAGCGAGGUCAAGGUCGAGAAAAUCAAGGAUGCUAUUCAGAAGAGCUUGCCCUCGGCUUCGGGUUUUAUCACGGCAAUGGAACUCUGCCAUCAACGGAAGAGGAUUGUUAGGAUUUCUACUGGGAGUAAACAAUUCGAUUCUAUCUUAGGAGGUGGCUUCCAAAGCAUGAGCAUCAGCGAAGUCUUCGGCGAGUUCCGAUGCGGCAAGACUCAGUUAUCGCACACCAUGUCUGUUGUAGCCCAGCUUCCUAAGGAACUGGGCGGCGCAGGCGGCAAGGUGGCAUAUAUUGAUACCGAGGGAACUUUCAGGCCUGAGCGCAUCGCUCAGAUUGCAGAGCGGUUUGGCGUCGAUGCUGAUGCUGCCCAGGAGAAUAUUGCUUAUGCGCGAGCGUUGAACAGCGAGCAUCAGCUGGAGUUGUUGAAUACCCUCAGUAAAGAGUUCGCUGGUGGGGAAUACAGGUUGUUGAUCAUUGAUAGCAUCAUGAAUUGCUUCAGGGUCGACUAUUGUGGACGCGGAGAGCUUGCUGAUCGUCAGCAGAAGUUGAAUCAGUUCUUGAUGAAGUUGGCUCAUAUGGCUGAGGAAUUCAACAUCUGUGUUCUGAUGACCAACCAGGUCCAGAGUGACCCUGGCGCUAGUGCACUCUUCGCUGGAGCCGAUGGCCGCAAGCCCGUUGGAGGUCAUGUCCUGGCACAUGCAUCGGCGACUCGAGUGCUCCUCCGCAAGGGUCGUGGUGAAGAGCGAGUGGCUAAGAUACAGGACUCGCCAGACUGCCCUGAGAGAGAAGCGACGUAUGUCAUCACCAAUGGUGGGAUCAAUGAUCCUGAUAAGGCGUAG